AAGCUAGAGAGCUGAGAUGUUCAUUUAAGGGUUAAAUCCACUGAGCUUGCGUCUAGAGAGGCAGCUAGAGAAAGGAGGCGCAGGUCUUGCAAAGGCUGAUUGGAAACUGCACUGUGGAUUUCUUUCUUUAGCUUUGGGAAGGGGGCAAGGCACGAACUGCACUAGCCCGGUUUUCCAAUCUAGGGGGUUGGAGCAGUGCCUACCCUACAGGGAGAGCCGACUGGGACACUGCAAUUGAUUGCAGAACAGUCCACUCUUGCGGCGCUUUUUAAAGAUUAACGACUUGAUCAAAGCUUAAAUCCUUGUGAUUUCUCAGAUGCCAGAAGCGGAUUAUCAACGAGAAGGGCGGGUGAACGGCCUUUUUGCAAGAGUUCCUGGAGCGGCUGUGUGCUUUAUUCAAAGCAGAGUUCUUCAAAAGCCGAAAAUCCAUCCUUCCCCAUGUGAACUGAGCAAUGGAAACCUUGAGCUUGGAGGUGAACAUGUCUGUAGAGGAGGGGGCGACAAUGGCCACACGGCUGGAAAAUGCCCCCAAUUUCAAAUUAUGGGCAGAGUUAGAGGGAGCCAAGUCCCCACACAGUUUGCGUGUAGGGAGCAUUGGAGAGUUGCAGACAGAGGCAGCUCCACAUCAGAUAAAAUGUGAACGAGAGGAAGGGCUGCAUGACCGGUGGGAGGCCCAGUGGCAGGAAUUCCUGAAGACACUGCAAGCUCCUGACUCAGGAUGGGGGAGCCCACAUGUGGCCAAUAAACCCGCACCUUUGGAGGAUGCUAAGGCUUUCCUGGCCUCCUUUGAGCAAGUUGCAUGGGUGUGCCAGUGGCCUCGUGACAAAUGGGUGACCCUCCUACUGCCGGCCCUCAGUGGGGAAGCCAAGCAGGCCUUCAGCAACCUCAGUGCCCGAGACAGAGAGGACUAUGGGAAGGUGAAGGCAGCCAUCUUGCGAAGAGAGGCCAUCACCAGAGAGAGGCGACGUCAGCACUUUAGGCAGUUCUGCUACCGGGAAGCGCAGGGGCCGAGAGCAGCUUAUGGCCAGCUCCAGGAACUUUGCAAUCUGUGGCUGAAAGUUGAAAGAUACACCAAAGAAGAGAUCUUGGAGCUGCUAGUUCUGGAACAGUUCUUGGCUGUCCUUCCCCAGGAAAUGCAGAGCUGGGUCAGGGAAUGCAACCCUGAGACGUGCAUCCAGGCAGUCACCUUGGCAGAGGAUUUCCUGGUAAGACAGGUGGACCCCACGAGACUGAAAGAGCAGGUUCCACCCUCUGCCACCUGGGCUCAUCAUCUCUGCAGCGAUGCCAAGCAGGAGCAAGUAGAAGAGGCAACACCACUGGGAGAUGAACAGACCUCUGAUGAUAAAUGUCAGCAGGACAAUUCAGAACAGGUGGAAUUGAGACUUGCAUGGCUAGGAGGAAACCAGAUUUCUCCGUAUUACAAUGGGAGUGAAUUAGAGAGUGAAAAGGACGGUCUGGUGGAUAAAGCCCUUUCCACUGUAGAAGAUACAUGUGAUCACGCAGGAAUCAAAACAAGCCAAAAUAUCCACCUCUCCGGAAGAAGUUUCAGAUGGAGCUCAGAUCUCCGAGUGCACGAGUGUACCCGAUCAGAUGGAGCAUAUAAGUUCACCAAGUGUGGGAAAGAUUUUUAUCAGAAAGGAGCCCUUAAGAGAAACGAGAGAACUCACCCAGGAGAGAAACCAUUCAAGUGCUCGUUGUGUCCGAAGGGUUUCUCUAAUGGCUCUAGCCUAAUGGUGCAUGAGCGAAUCCACAAAGGGAAGAAGCCGUACAAGUGUUCAGCAUGCGAAAAGAGCUUUGGCCGCAAGGGCACACUCAUCAUACAUGAAAAUCUCCAUGCUGCAGGGAAACUGUACAAGUGCUUUGGUUGUCCCAAAAAUUUUGCCAGCUGCUCCAAUCUCGUUGCCCAUGAGCGAAUUCACCGAGGAGAGAAACCCUACAAAUGUUUGAAGUGUGGGAAGGGUUUCAGUCAGAAAGGUACCCUUACAGCACAUGAAAGAAUCCACUUUGGGGAGGAACCUUUCAAAUGUCUGGAAUGUGGGAAGAACUUCUGCAGAGCCACGAAACUGAGAGACCACCAGAGAAUCCACACCGGAGAGAAACCAUAUCAGUGUUCCACGUGUCAGAAAAGUUUCACGGACGGCUCCAACCUCAGUAGACACGAGAGAGUUCACACGGGAGAGAAGCAGUUUGUGUGUUCUGAGUGUGGGAAAAGCUUCAAUCAGAAGGGAAACCUACUGAUACACGCCAGGAUCCAUACUGGAGAGAAGCCGUUUAAAUGUGCGGUGUGUGGGAAGAGCUUUAGCCAGAAAGGAAACCUUGCAAAACAUGAAAGAACUCAUACUGGGAGAGAAAUAUUAUAACUACUUGUGACGCUGAACUGGGCUUUAUUUUCCAACUGGUCCUGCUGUUUCCUGACAUGUCCCUGUGAACUGAGAGGGGUAGAUUUUGUGCCGUACAGGAAAAGUUUCUUCCCUCCACCCCCUGUAAAUAGAAAAUAAGAAAAUGAAUAUUAAUCUUUUUUAAAAAUACACACACACACACUCAAAGUGGGGUUCACCUGAUGAAACUGCUGUGGGAAAAGAAAAUACUUUUCAUGCAACCCAUGUUCAGAAACAUGGAUCUCUUUGCCAUGAGAUAUAAAGGCAGCCAAUUUCAAUGCCUUUAAAAUAGGGCUUCCAGUUCCCUGGUAACUCUAGGUGAGCAGUUUUACCACAGAGUGGUAAUUCCUAGAGCAACUCUUCCAGGUACUCUAUGGUAGGAAUUCUUUGGUAGGAACUAUGAUAAGAGUUUCCUGUAAGCAGAAAAACUUUAUUUUUCUUUUUUAUCCCAGAAUGCCACCUCUCCUAACCCUCCUGCCAAUUGGCAGGUACUGGUAGGGUAAUUUUGUCAACAGCUAUUAAUCGUGAUAGCUAAGCAGAACCUCAGUGUACUGAAUUGAUCUAUUUCAGAGAAAAAGAACAGAAAAACUUAUUUAAAUAACAGCCUUUUCUCCCUUCCAGCCACAAGGGCAACAACCCCUUUUCUCCCAACUCCAUGUCUCUUCUCCUUCUGUCAAAUUGUUCCCGAAAACCUGUGUUUUUCAAAGCCACUUGCUUUCUAUUCCACUUUUUGGGGGUGAUUAGGUUUUAGGAGCAGCUGUGGCGUAGUGGAUAAGAGCAGUGGCUAAGAGCAGGUGCACUCUGAUCUGGAGGAAC